GAUCAAGAGGGGACCAUGAAGCAGCUCCAGAAGCCAGACAGAAGAAGGACACCGUUUAAGACACACUGCCGUCCCUCUCUCGUACGCUCAACAGAAAGAAGCACAGAGGCUCAAACAAUGAAUAGUGCUCACGCUUUAGUUGGACUCCUGCUCCUCAUCAUCGUCCAAAGCAGCUGGCAAGUUCCUGACCAGGACACAGACCGACACUCUCUGCUGUUGAAUGAAAACUCCAUCCUCAACGAACCCACUGAGAUCCAAAAUAUGAAGAGACACUCAGAGGGAACAUUUUCCAAUGACUACAGCAAAUACCUGGAGACAAGAAGAGCACAAGACUUUGUCCAGUGGCUGAAAAACUCAAAAAGGAAUGGAAGACGCCAUGCAGACGGCACCUAUACCAGCGAUGUGAGUUCCUACCUGCAGGACCAGGCAGCUAAGGAGUUUGUGUCCUGGCUGAAGACCGGCCGAGGGAGGAGAGAUUGAAGAGAUCCAUCUGUUGCCGUUUCCAAAAAUAAUGCAACUAUUCUUAUUGACUCUGUGCCAUUAUGUUUUGCGAUCUGUACUAGACUUUUUUUCUUGGUAAGACUAUUAAAUACACCUCACAAGAAGCCCUGUUGGCCUUAAAUGGUUGAAGGAAAUGUUCAAAUGCAAGAACGUUGCAGUAUGUGUCAGAUGGCUCUCAAUCAUAAAUGCUGUGUGAAUUUUUAUCAAGCAUUCACAUCAUGAUUCAUUUUCUUUUCACAUUUCAUGUUUUGACAUUUUCUUCCCCCUUCUUUUCUAAAAUCACAUUAUUGGUUUACACGUAAGGUUUAUUAAUUACA